AUGGCGGCCGCUGUGUCUGGUAGCGCUGCCGCUGCCAGAGACGAAAACACAGACUUGGGGCUCAGUUUCGCCUCCCGUCCGCUUCACGAAAACUACGACCCUUCGGCGGACCACGAAAACUGGAUGCCUGGAGGCCACCGACGUCCCGAACUACUCGAAACCGGCGAAGAGGAGUCAUCGUCGGACCGCGAGUGUCAAAGAAGGGUCGACGAGGACUUGACAUCAGUGAGCCCCGAAGAGAUAGAGAGCCGCCUGGAGAGGACACGACGGGAGUUUUACAACCGUAGAAAAAUUAUAAUUAAAAACCUGCCCUCCGACGUUAGUAACCAGGUAAAUCAACAAAAAACGCCUUUAAAUUAAGCGAAGUAAUGCGGGCUAACUCUAGCUUAGCUUCAUAUGCUACCUUUAUAUUAGCAUGCUCGCCAUUUAACCCUGUUUAACUUUGAUUUAUACACUUUUCUUAAAUGGGUAUACAACUACCUUAACGUGGAAUUUAUUUUAGUGCUACUGAACAGCUUCAGAAUUCGUCUACUAUGGUUGUUUGAGCUGACAAACACCGCCAUGGUGAACUUCCAACUGGUCAGAUAACUGUCAAUAAUGGUCAUUGUGGCCUGUUUGACCUGCGAGUCCGGCCUCGUAGAAAACCGUUUUUAGUAAACUUAGAUUAUCUUUCACUAAAUUUUAAAAAAAGGAGCAAAACUUUUAAGAUUUUAAUCAAAUAAUAUUGAGUAUAUAUGCAAUAAGUAACAUUUUAAUGAGUCUGUAUGCGUUUAUCCAUCUCAAUUAGAGUCAUGCCACAUUUUUUUGGAACGUGCCUGACUCGUGGGGAGCGCUGGGCCUGCGGGCGGUACCAUUGUUCACACGGGGGUGUGUGUGUGUGGAGGGGGGGAUUCGAGAUGUGAGUUGCAGUAUAACAAAAGGUGGAAGGUGUGGGGGGACAAAACGUUUCAGAAAAUGCUAGACAGCAUCGCCAUUUGUUCGUGACUGGUCAAAAGCAACGCAGAACAAUUUCUCCUCCCAACAAUGAGGGAGUUAUUCAGCUCCCAACCCCCCCCCCACCCCCACAGGUGCACUUGUUGCCACUUUCCCCGUGGACGUGAAUUGGUUAAUCUAAUUAACCUUUAAUUAAAUGUCAAAAUGAAUUACUAAACUCAAAUUAAUCAUGGACCGCAUAUCUGUUGACACUGUGAUUCACUGUUCAAUGAUGAAACCAAAUAUCUGGAUGUAAUGAACGCUUUUUUUCUCAUUUACAGGAGGUCCAUGAGCUGCUGAGCAACUAUGACUUGAAGUACUGUUUUGUUGACAAAUACAAAGGCACAGGUUGGUCUGACUGGUUGUCUGUCCUAUCAGGCGUUAUAUGUGCAUUUUCAAUCAGUUAUAGAAAAACACAAUGCUGAAAAUAUUCAAAGUGGUGUCAAUGGGGAGUUCUUGCGUUAAAAUCCGAUUAAACUUAUGGUUAAGGACAAAUUGUUUAACAAUCAAGAUGGCUUUUUAAUUAUUAAAGAAAUUCAUUUGUAACUCAGAAGAUGUCAAAAGAAAAGAACCGCUCUGGAGUAGAUUCUAGGUCCUUACUCAAAGGGAACGACACAAAUAUACGAUGCAAAAUUACAAAAUAUUCAGAGGUGAAUUUGACACGCCUGACCAUACAUACCAAGCGCGAUGUGAUUUUGCGACUCUCUGAGGGGAAAGGAGAUGUGUCCCGGGUGGAAGCGAGAAGACUGACACAACAGCAGACUGACUGUUUUUCAUUUCUGAUUAGACAUUAGUGUUGAGAUUAGGCCUGCACGAUAUAUCGUUUGAACAUCGUCAUCGCGAUGUACGUGUGUGCGAUAGUCACAUCGCAGAGCCUGCGAUAUUGGAGGUGAAUGAACUCAUUUAAUUUCAAGGGUAACUGACUGAGAUACACUGCAUGUGACUCUGCAUGUGCUGUGCAGCGAUCCACCAAUCACCUUCGUCCUUAACUCAGUUGCCAAUCAGACUCACUUCUCAGUUGCCAAUCAGACUACCCUGCCAGCUGUCAAUCAAAAUCAGAGAGGAGGAAACCCACCCCUGCACAUGUUCUGCACAUGGAGGGAGACGUGUAUCCACCGAGAAUUACUUUCUGAACUUUACUCAUGACUGUCAAGCCCAACAAAUAAGAACUGUAUGGGUUUUAAAUUUUACAUUUCCAUGGAACACUCUACUAAAAGCGGUGCGCGUUUUGCGAGGUGCAUGCAAUUCUCGGAGGACAUGCGUUUCUUAGCACAACACCGCUAACAACAACAACGAUCGCAAAAUGAGCAACGACCAAGCGAAAACCACCGAAAAUGAAGACUUGUUGCCAAAAAGAAAAGUUUAGUCAGUUAUCUGGAAUUAUUUCGGUUAAAAGAAGGAUGAUGUCGACCAAAUCACGAGUUCUGUGUUCAGCUGUCGCCACAAUAACGUCCCAGCACAAUAAAGGUUAAAAAUAUCUCUGAGACAGACAGAAGCCAUUCUAACAUUCACAAAAAGAGGUAAGAUCAGUGCAGGUUAACUGUCCUCAAGAUUUCAGCAGUGCAGCAUAACAUUAAAUGCUGUUCAGGUCAUCUGGUGAAAAUUCCUGUAUUAUUAAUAUCGCAAUAUAUAUCGCAGGGUUGAAAAAAAUCGCAAUGUUAGUUUUUUCCAAUAUCGUGCAGCCUUAGUUGAGAUGAUGACAACCGAGCCCUAAUGGUGCUGUGACGGCAACGUGAUUGAGUUUGAGACAGUGAAAAUACAUAUGGUAUGUUGUAUCUGAACAGGUUAGCUUACGAGCUAAAGUUACUUAGCACAGAUGAAAAUUAAAACAAAGAUGUUUAGCAAACUGUUAAAGCACACAAACCAUUGUCAUAUGAGAGAUCCGACACUAUGACUCUCCACAAGUUGUCCUUUAGGUUGUUAUCUUUGUAAUAUUUGUGUUUUUUAUCAUAAAUCACUCUGUUCUCCGACACAUAAACAAUCAGCCGGUCGGCCAUGUUGGAUAUACCGGUGAAUCUGAUAUUGCAACAACAUGAAAUCUGAUUGGUCAGAAGUGGACACACAGUAUGCGAAACUUUAGAAAAAUCGACCCUGAAAUGAAAAAAUAAAUGCUGCAAUAUAACAGGAUGGGACAACUUGAACGCUUAUUGACAGGAUACGGGUUUGAAAAAAAUAUUGACGUCCAAAAUAAUCACACGACAAAAACGCUCCCGGUGUGAAAGGACCUUUUUUAGGGUGGAUUUAAUCAAGCUCUCCAAGUUUCAUGCUGGCUUGUUGUGGAGCAGUUUUGAGCCUGUGCUGAAAGUGCACAACAAAGUUUGCCAAUAAUAGAGGUUGUAGCUAGCAGAGUUUUUCCACUUAAUCUUCUUGUACUCAGCUGGAGCUGUUAUUAUUGGAUUGAAGCCUCGCCAAAGUUGUGUAGCGUGAGUAUAUACUCAAAAAUCUUCUUGCCUUUUAUUCAGUAGCCUCAAUAAAUUAGAAACUUAAAUUCGAAGCAUCUUCUCCUAAUGUGUAAAAGAACUGACAGACUGCAGGCAGGGAAAACUUAAUUCAUAUUCCAUAAGUCAUUUUUUUACUUUGCAUAUUCUUAUGAAGAACAAGCACAUUGUUGUCAUGGACUUCUUUUCAUUUUCUUUGUCAACAAUUAAGGAGACUUACUUGGGGGAACAGUGUCACAUCACAAAAGCAUCAAUUUGUAUGCACCAAGACAGCCUCUUUCGGCAAUUCAAAUAUGCAAACAAUUAAGAAUAAUUUGUUUUAAAUGAUCCCAAGGGUGUUGAAUCAACCUUGUUUGCCCCAUAAUGCGAGCUGCUUUUUCAGCGCAGGGGAACAAUUGCCUAUUCACAGUUCUCCGAGUGCAUUAAAGAUCAGCUUGCCAUUAGAGGCUUCAGAAAAUAUUUAUUCAAGAAUGCCAUUUUCAUAGCAGAGCCAGUCUUCCCUGCUGCUGGUGCAUUCAUAUCCAUCACAUCAGCUCUUCUGGUUUUAUGCUUGUUGGGCGUCUGUAACAUGACAGAGACCCUGUUAGUCUUGCUUUUAACCAAAUUUUAUAUCAUUACCUUUAAGUGUUUAAGUAUUUAUCUCCUCGUUUUAAUGACAGCAUCAUCUUUUAUUGAGCUAUUUUGGUGCUUUUACUGUUGUUUAUUUUAUUUUAUUAUUUCUUACAUUUCAUUCUAUGUUACUUUGUUUUUAGAUUUUAAACUAACCUUUAGUGUUUCCUUAUCUAGAGUUUUAAAAUGGCGUUUCCUCAGUGCGCACAUUCCUUUUUUUAAGUUCAUGCAUUUUAAUCAUAGACUGUAUAUAGAAUGGACAGAGUCUCCCUCCUCGCUGGAUGAAGCCACUCCGAGAACAGCACCCUCUGUUGACAGGGUGCAGUAUCGGUCAUAAAUCCCACCUCCGCCAGCAAAGCUUACGGAGCUAUGGACAAACUUUAGAAAUUUAUUACACAGAACAUGAAUUUUUCUCCCCCCUGCUUCCGAUGUUGACGUAGUUACAGUAAGACUGGUUUGUGCUCAAGUCUAUAAUUUUAAUACAUGUUUCUGUCGUGCUUAGAUUGCGGGGUGGGGAUGAGGGGUUGGGUUAGGGUAGAUUAGGGUUGUCUUUGUUUCUUUUAUUCCUCUGCUAUGUAAAGCAUUUUGUGCUACAUCGUUUUUGUAUGAAAAGUGCUAUACAAAUAAAGACUGAUUGAUUGAUUAUAUCGACCAAUCAGCAUUGGAAGUCAAGAACAUCAGGCUGACCUCUGUGGCUCCUUGGCAGCAUUGCUAAUCAACCGCCAGUCGCUGCAAACAUUAUGUAGACAGAGAGAAAACAAGGUUGCUCCACAAUAAUUAUUCAUUUUAAUACAAAUCCCGUCUGAUGUUGCACAGGUUGACUUUGGGUGCAUACAGUUGCAACUUGAGCCGUAAUGGUUAAUGGGAUAAUAAUAAGAGACUCUAGUGUACCUGUAAAGUCUGUCAUGCUGGUAGAUCUUCUAUAAAUGCAUGCCAUCAGGAUAUUUUAUGUAAAUAGGUGUGAUGUGGCAUAUUAGCUAUCAACAUGAUGCUCAGUGAGAUAAAAUACCUUUUAAUGUAUGCCAGCCUUGGAGACAACCAUUAUUGUCCCAUCAGGGGAUUGUUGAAGGCUGGUGUGAUGUGACAUUGUGCCAGCAGCAUUGUCUUUUCUUCAGACCUGCUAAAGGGGAAAUUGUGUCACAACCACCUGAGACCCGCUGGGAAAGAUAAUAGAAUUUUCUCUUAACACUUACUGAUUCACUUCCUCACUUGACUAAAUUGUCUUAUCUUGUCUGUCUCCCCCCCCAUCCACACCCUCAGCGUUUGUGACACUGCUCAAUGGGGAACAAGCGCAGUGUGCCAUCAAAGAGUUCCACCAGCAUGUGCUACGGGACAGGGAAAUCUCUGUGCAGCUGCAGCCAACAGAUGCUCUCUUGUGCAUUGCCAACCUGCCCUGCGCGUUCACCCAGCAGCAGUUCGAGGAGCUGGUGCGACCCUUUGGUAACCUGGAGCGCUGCUUUCUGGUGUACAGCGCGUCCACAGGCCACUCCAAAGGAUACGGCUUUGUGGAGUACAUGAAGAAGGACUCUGCAGCCAGGGCGAAGUCCGAGCUUUUGGGAAAGCAGCUGGGCUCCCGCAUGCUGUACGUCCACUGGACCGAGGUGGGCUCCCUCACUUACCCACUUCUGCACUCGAAAUGCCUGUGUGUGGAUCGACUGCCUCCGAGCCUGCUGACGGCCCAGGACCUGCGCAACGCUCUGGCUGAUACCCACUCACCCGUCUUCUGCCAGGUCUAUUUCACCACACACAAACACAUGAGAAACUUCACCUGAAUCUUAACUCGAAUGAGAUCUCGUAGAAGGCAUUUAAUGGCAUCAGAAGUUACUGUCCUAUGUGGUUGUGUAUUAUCAAGACAAUAUCCGGUAUCUGCCAGUUGGCAUCAAGAGUUUAACCUCUCACUCUAACAUGAAACCUGCUGUUGACACACUUCCUCUGUCUAACUUUUGUUGUGGUUUCUUUGUGCAGCUGUGUUCGAUGUAAGCUGAAAGCUCCGUCACUGAUGGAGGUCACAUCUUUUCACAAAGAAACAGACGUGUUUCGUGUUUUUUUUAGGAGUAAACGACACAAACGAUUUUAUGCCAUAUUGUUGCUUUCAGUACCUUUUGACCUUUAGCCCAGAUUCUGCGGCCACUCAAAAUUUCUAUAGCGGUGAGCAUUGCUGGUUUCUAUGGUGAUGACCACCUGACUCCCCCAGGUGGUGUCAUUCAGCUGCCGUUUCUGGAAUGAGAGAGAGGGAUGACCUUUGAGGCCAUCGCACAUAGGGAUACUUUUCUGCUGGUUUCAGGGUUUUUUUUAUGAGUUUGUGGGCAAAAGCAGGGAUGUUUGAGGAUCGGGUAAUACUGAACAAGAAACAUAACAAUAGAUGAACAAGAUAGAAGAGCGUAUGACGCAUGAAACAUGGGCCACAUGUUUUGGCUGGUCAGUAGAAGAUGUGACAUACAUUUAUAUAAUAUAACAGUGUUGGGUGUCCAUGCUAAACUGUGGCAAAAUUUCAUACCAUGAAACACCCGGGUGGCGGUCUAAUCCCUGGAUGUGUUUUCCUGACACCAGGUUAAGCCGUCCUUUUUGGCCUGGCUGCUCUGUCAAAGAAACAUCCACCCAGCAGCUAGAAAGUCUGUUUCACCUCUCUGCUUCUAUGCUUUGUUGGUUCAUUAUGUCUCUGAAUGUUGCUCACAUGUGCUGUGAAGGGGAGUCAUUGCUAUUUGUCCACAGACACAAGGAAGUUUUUGAUUCCAGGGCAACAGCCAUGACAUCGCUGUUUGUGCUCGCUACUUUUGAUAUGGCUCCUUUUUGUAGAGAGAGGACAGUACGAGCUGAAUCUGUGUCUGAAUUGUGAUCCUCUGUGAAAACUCUGAAAUGAGGGUUUUUGUUGUCAUGAAUUUGAGGUGAAAAAAGACUUUUUAGAACUGGAAAUCCUGCAAAGUUACUCUACAGUUUUCUCAAACCGGCAUAAUAAAAGUUGGAAUGAACUUUGAUAGUUUCUCCUUAUUGUUUAAAAAGGCUUGUAGUUUCUGUUGGCAGCGGAAUGUAGGCUAACCAUCCAGGUUUUUCUUCCUCUCCACAGCUGGCGCAGGGACAGGAUGGAAGUUUCCGGCGGUUUGCGGUGUUGGAGUUCGCUACAGCCGAGACAGCUGAGGAGGCGCAGCGCCUGACGGAUCGGAGGCUGCUGGGUGGCACCCACAUCAGGGUGUCUUUCUGUGCCCCCGGCCCUCCUGGAAGAAGCAUGCUGGCCGCUCUGAUUGCCGCCCAAACCAUGGUACAGGAGUCGGAGUGGCGUGCUCUACUCACACAGCCAGUUUGUCGUUGAUUUUGUCCUCACUACCUUUUUCUCUUACUCUCUUUCCUUCAAGGCUGUAAACAGGGGUAAAGGUCUCCUCCCUGACCCCACAGCCAUGCAGAUUCUCACAGGCCUCAAUAACCCUGCCACUCUAAAGAUGCUGCUCAACCCACUGUCACAGGGACACAAACAAGGUGAGCAGUUCCCACCACGUAUUGAUCAGUGUUUUGGUUUGUUUCGGUUCUUCUGAUUCUAAUGUUUCCCGUGUGUGCAGGCCUCCUCGGUGCCGCCCCGACGAUGCCCCUGCUGGCCAACCCCGCCCUCUCUGCUGCCCUACUCCAGCUGCUCUUUCAGAACCAGGCCAAGGCCCAGCAGGUACGUCUACGCUGUAAUGCUCCCUCUGACAUGUGUGCACUCUUGCUGCUGAGCCCCCUUUUUUUUAAAAUCAUCCUCUCCCACUCCUUUCUUCUUGACCAUUAGCAAGCCUUUCUGGGAAAUCAUCUUCUGUGGGCUCAGGUGCUGCACAAUAAAGAGAACCCUCUUGUUCCUUGUGUGAGUGAUAAUUGUGUUUUUGUUUGGCUCUGUCGACUUGGCGUGUGAGACAGUAGCGAAGUGAGUGAAUCCUGAUUUUUUUGUGUGUUGUUCGGUUGGCUACAAAAAGGUAAUGUCCUUUUUAAAAAGUGUGGGUUUUCUGUGUGUUUUUUGGAGUGGUUGUGAGCAACACGGUACUUCCAUUUCUCCUUUUUGUGCGCAAGGUAUAAAUACCAAUUCUGUGAGAACAGAGUUGAACAUGCGGUGAGUAAGUCUGGGUUCUGAUUGUGCGUGCUCGAGUAGUUAAGCAGCUUUGGAGCCGCGCUGGGUGACCCCUUUGUGACCCUGAACCUCUCCUCUGUCUCCUUCGACCAGCAGGCAGGACUCAUAGGGGAGAAUCCUCUGGCUGCUCUGCCCAUCCAGCAGGGAGUCCAUCUGCUUGGAGACCUGCCUCAAGGUUUGGCAUCCGCCGACCCCAGCAGUCGCUCCUUAAGCCACACACUGCAUGAUCUGGCUGUUGUUUUUUUUUCCAAGUGUAACAUCUGUAGCCCUCAUCGCCUUUUAAUCCAGGCUGAGAUCGAGUCUGAUAUGUUAUUAAAACUUCCAGAGUCAACAAACUAAUAUAUAAACAACUAUACAUCCAGGGCUUGACACUGACUUUUUUCACAAGGAGUAGUACUAUUAUUUGAAAUCAAUUUUUGGUCUUUAGGUCACAUGACAUGGAAGCUAUUAAAGAAAAUGUUCAAAAUUUGCCUUUUAAAUUUAACACAAAAGAGGACAAAUUAGGGAAAUAAAGAGGCGUGUCUUAUUGUCCGACCUUAGUGCUAUUAUUUGAAAUCAAUUUUAGGUCAAUUGGUCACAUGACAUGGAAGCUGUUUAAGGAAAGCAGCCUUUUUUGAGAACAUCAACUGGUAAUUUAUUGAUGGUCCCUUAUUCAAAACCCGACAUUGACAGCGACGAUACCGAGUAGAUUUAACCGUGCUGCUGUUGCCGUGAGAAGACACGGGUAGACUCACAGUGAAUGUCUGUCCAAUAUCCAACCUAAAACCAACUUCACCGCAGUAUUACAUGAAAAAACAUUUGUUGCCUCAGCUGGUUUUCUUCAUGUGCACAUGUGUCCCUAAAUACAUUUUACAAUUCGCACACAUCUAUUUUUAGUCGCAAAUGCGAGUGAAACGGUCGCACCGUCGAGCCCUGACAUCUAUAUUUUACUUUACUUAGGUGGUGUGGUCUCAGGUCUUGGUCUGCAGACGGAUCCUCUGAACCCUCUUAAGCCGAUGCCACUCGGCAGAGCGCUGACAAGGGAACAGGAGUCCCCAACAGCAGCUUGCACCUUCCCACAGACUUCCUCUCCGACCCUGCAGGGCAUCUCUAUGCCUCUGAUGAGUGGGAUGAUGGGGGCAGAUGGCCUCACAGCACAAGGGGUGAGUUCUUCGGUCAUUUCCACGAUGCCCUCCCUCCAACUUUAAUUUUGUUUAGCGUUGUAUCCAAAUGUUAAAUGAGUUUUCCUCUUCCUCUGGCCAAAAUGAAUCACCUCUCCCCUCCCUGUCAGGUCUCCAUUCUUGGCGAUCCUCCCAAAGAUGUGAACCAUCCCCAGAGUGGCUUUCUCAGUGUCAACAACACAUUUCCCUCAGGUGAGGCAAACUCCUCUCUCUGCAGUUCCAGGCUUGCUAGUUGAAUUCUAGUCUUGUUUGCUGCAUCAUUUCAGGUAUUUGGUUAAUUUAUCCCAGCAUGUAAAGUAUAACUGUCCUCCCCUACUCAGGAGGAAGCUGCAGACCUCACCCCUACAGGAAGAGGCCAACUCUUAGUAACGUGUCCAACCAGCACACCCACCAGAGCAUCCAGCCAAAUUACAACCUGCGCUACCAGGACUCCUACAGUCCAGAAUAUCCUCCUCUUCACCAGGUCAGCCCCACAUUGCAGCUUCAUGACAUCAGGGUAACGUGUUAAAUUCACAGCAGAGUGCCCGUCAGUUCAGUCCUUUCAUAGCUGCUUCUCUAGGAACGAAAACACACCCUCACAAAUCUCAUACCUGUCUGGUGUUUCUCCUCAGGAUCCUCUGGCUCACUUGUAUGAACAGCAGGAAAACAUUGAUACUGGAGCCCUUGCAGGAUUUGGCCACCAGGUAGUGUUAAGUUAACCAUUGCAGGAUUACAAAUUCUGUAUUUUGACCAAGUUUUAAUGUUUACUGUAAACACAAAUCUGUUUCAAAUCUCAGUUAUCUGUCUCUGGACUACUUCUUUGUGUAUCUGUAUCGUUAUAAAAAUACAAUAUUGUUCGACCCUUGAACAAAACCUGUUCUUAUCAAUAAGAACUGAUAUUUUAUCUAUCAUAACUGACUUACUGUCAUAGCUUGUCCCAGUAAUGGACCCAUCAUGCCAACUAUCAGACCCUGACCUGAAACCUCUGAUUGUAACAGUUGUGAUCUUCUUCUGUCGUGUCUGCAGCUCUCACGUCAGCCUGAAUUCAGUGAGCGGUUUUCCCACUUCGGCUUCCCCCCCAGCCCUCCUUUGUCUUAUUUCAGCUCUGGACCUGAAGCCUCAAGUACCGGCAACCUUCCUGCUACCCACCUCAACAGGGUAAGCCUUGCAGCUUUGGUCUAUUACCGCUCCUUUUUUUUUCUUCUCCAAUUAACUUCUGUUUUGGUUCCCAGCUAUUGAUCGCCUGUCGUUGUGUAAACAUCAAAGCGGCGUUUGAGAGAGAUAAAAAGUGGAGGGUCAGACUCCAGGAAUAUCUGCUUGUUCAAUUAUUAAUGUAGCGCAGUGAGUGCAUGAUCCUCUGUUGGAGAGGUCUGGGUCACGGAGAGUUGCUUGUUUUUUCUUCAGGCUGUGGGGAUGCCUCCUGUGAGCCACAGUGCCAACUAUCCUCCAGGUCUCGGGAACGCUUUGAAGGUAAUUUACAUUUAUCUUUUCUCUCUCUCUGCUUUUUCUUUUGUCGACUUUUCACAUUUCUUGACCAAGUUGCAGUUCAUUGAUUUUUAUCUUCUCGCUUUUAAUCAUUCACAGACUCCCAUCGGCAGCCACAAGCGCGUCUUCUCCCGGCUGAUCCCGUCUCCAGAGCCGAGCCCCGAGGGCAGCUAUGUGGGUCAGCACUCCCAGGGCCUGGGUGGCCACUACGCGGACUCCUACCUGAAGAGAAAGCGUAUAUUCUAG